GCGUGGUGUGACCCUGGCUGUGUGCAUGGCGGCACGUGCGUGAUGCCUGGUCACUGUGUCUGCCUCGCUGGCUGGAGCGGGUCCCACUGCCAGACAGCUCUCUGCUCCAGGCCCUGCAGGCAUGGACGGUGCCUGGAGCCAGAUUUCUGCUCCUGCCUCAAGGGUUGGCAGGGAGACACCUGCUCAGAGCCCGUGCCGUGUGAUGAUGGGUGCUCUCUGGGGUCAAGAGGAUGUGAUGGUGGAAACAUCAACAACAUCAACAACAUCAUCAACAACAACAUCAACAACAACAAGAGCUCAUGGCCAUGCCUGAUGGCCGUGAGAGCCCCCAGCUGGGGGUCAGCCCCUCCCGUGUGCCGUGGGUGGCCGUCAUCCCACCUGGAGACCUUCGACGGCCUCUACGUAGCCCUGCCCUUCUUAGCCCCCCACCACUCUAUUCACGAGGCGAGUGGCACGUGGUCUCUCAGCGUGUUGUUGCGAGGUGAGCCCGAGAUCCGCCUCCAGCGAGACCACGUGCUCCUGGGGGACUUCCGGUGA